AGGAGUAGCUCAAUAGUCGCCUGCUGAGCAACAGACAUUUGAAUUGGCUUUUAGCAAUUUUCUAAUCAUUAUGACUCAGUUCUAGAGUCUGGCUUAUCAUCAUAGUCUAAGAUCAUGUGACUCUCACAAAUAUAGCGCAUAAUUCCCACAUACGGCCGGUACGUAUUAAAUACCGAAAGCUGUUUACAUGAAUAAUUAGUAUGCUUGAUGACUUAAAAACAGGAAGACAAAAAACAAUCGACGGGUGAUAUUGAUCACGAGUGCGUAUCGAAAUAAAUUGCCUUAAUUGCCAGAAAUAAAUAAACCGCAGAAACACCUUGGAUACCGUUGUGGCAACAUGUCGGUUGUAAUACAGAAUCCAGAAAUCAGUAAAGAUGGAGAUGCCGUUGAUGUUGAAGCUAACUUUGAAGAACCUCAGACCAUCAGUCGGGUUUCAAAAAUACGCAACGCGUUGUUGGGAAACGUACAGUUAGUUGCGAUUGUCGUGUCAGUCAUUCUCGGUUUCCUGAUUGGAAUCCUGAUACACGAUGCUGUUCAAGAAUCUACAGAUCCGUCGACCGAAAAAGUUAUUAUGUACAUCAAAUUUCCCGGCGAGCUGUUCAUUCGAAUGCUACGAAUGAUUAUCAUACCGCUUACAGUCUCUAGUAUUGUUGUGGCUCUAGGAGAAAUUGAUACGGGUUCGGCGGGAAAGUUGGGUAAGCGGACCUUCCUGUACUAUCUCACGACCACUGUGGUUGCGACAGUUCUCGGACUUGUACUUGUGAAAGUUAUAAGACCUGGUGAAGACAAUAACAGCAAAACCGACGUUGAAAGCGAACCGAGUCAAAUCACAGCGUUCGAUUCAUUUCUCGACCUUUUAAGGUACACUUUCUAUUUUGUUUUGUAUGAUAACUGCGCUUUUAAGCAUGUUCUCUCUGGGGAAAACGUAAUAAAAUUAUAAGUAAUUGAGAAAAAAUAGGUGGAAACAGCCUAUACCGAGUUUGUGUACACCAAGGAAUGCGAUAUCAACGCAUAAUUGCUAAAGGAAGUUGAAUAAAUAUCUACAAAUACUUUAUUAAUACCAAUACCAAUACUAAUACUACACAACUGUACUUGGGUAAUUCAUGUAUAUGAUAAUUAGCCAUAUCUCAUAAAUCAGCAUAACUGUCACAAUAUAUUUUGACGCAAACCGUAUCAACUCGCAAUACGUGUCAUCUCGCAAUACAUAAGUGGACAAUUCUACUCUCCAUGAUACUCUUAACGAAUAUGGAUUGUUUUGAACAUAUAAGAAUGUAAACAUUGUAUAUCCCUUGCAUGGCCAUUUACGCCGGAAAGUCAGGGGGAUUAAGUGAUUAAAACAUGUCAAAUUAAAAGGAAUUAAAUAAAUGCAAGUGAUCCGAUCCAUUUACUUAAAUCUUAAGAUCUUUUGUAUCAUAAACUCAUAAACAUAUACUCGUUUACAUCAAUUCCGCAUUCAACAAUACUAGAUCUGCGAUGAUAUAAUGUUUGGCGCGGUAUUCAGUUUCAGUGAGUGGGAGUGCUCAACACCAACGUUCAGGAGCGAACUAUAUACGGCGUUGAAAUGGAAUAUUUAUACAAAUAAAAUUAAGGCAGUUACUCGAGUGUUGCUGGAGGCGAUCAUCAGACUAAAGUUUGUAAAAGUUUAUAGAGUAUUUGAGUAAACAUUGUUUUUAUUGUAAUCCAAAAUUAUAAAAGUUCUUAGCAUGGUAUUUGUUCUCAUGUCGGACGUAUUCAGCAAAAAUCUUUUGUUUGCGUUUAAAAUACAAAGUUUUCUGUGGUGCAUAAAUUACAUAACCAGUCGAAGCUCUCGCAUACUUUAAAAUCGACCAUGCACUUUAUAGAGUAGGCCUACUUUAUGUCCUUCUUUCAAUUUCCAUAUUUCCAUGCCCGUCUGCAAAUUUAAAUCACUUUGCGGUGACGACGGGUUCCUCAAUAAAGAUUAUUUCAAUUCAAUGACAAUGCAAUUCUUGGACAAUGCAGUUUUGCUCGAAUGCUUCUCGUGAUUGAUUGACGCGCCGCAACAGUAAAUGCAGAAUAAGAGGCCAGAAACUUGUCUCCAAGUGCCGACGUGAGAACAAAUCCUAUAUGGCUAUGCUAAUAACUGCCGCGGCUGGGUUUCGAACCCGCAAACUUCGACGCUCUAUACAUAAAAAUGUAGUCCUUUGCAAAGCUUAAACUCUAACCCUUAACCCUUUCAAGUUAGUUUGAUACGGCGAUUUUUGUUGUUUUUUCGCCAAUUUCAAAAACUCCUCGCAACUUCAAACACUUGUAUUUCUGUCAAUAUCGCACGGAAAAUUAAAUGUUAUAUAUUAAAAUCUAAGUUAAUCAUUUGUGAAUACAAUGGUUUUUAUUUUAGUGAAAUAGCUCUUAUAGGUUUUACGUUACAUGAAAUCAAAGAGGGUAUAGUUUUUUUUGGGACACACGGUAUAUAUAUAUAUAUAUAUAUAUAUAUAUAUAUAUAUAUAUAUAUAUAUAUAUAUAUAUAUAUAUAUAUAUAUAUAUAUAUAUAUAUAUAUAAAUAAAUAUAUAUAUAUAUAAAUAUAUAUAUUAUAAAAUAAAACUAAUAAUAAAAUAAUAUUGUAAUAAAAUAAAGCUAUAUAUAUAAGUUAUAAAAUAAGAUUUUGUAUAUGUUAUAAGAUUUUCUUUGAUGUAAGAUUUUUUACAAUUUAUAUCUACAACAUAUAUAAAAAUAUAUAUAGUAGGCUACAAUCUGCAGACAUGCUUAUUUUAUAAACAGUAUAAGAAAUACUUUUUGUUGAGACUAUACCAUGCACGGAAUGCAUGCACUAAGUGGAAAAUCGAUUAAUAUAUAGCUAAUUACUGUGAAAUGGACGCCACAAUUUAAUUGCUUAGUUCGCUUUUUGUGAUAUAUAGAUUGACUACACUAUUAAUUCAAAAAAGUAAGAAUGACGGAGCCGCUUUGGGAGUCAAUUUGAGAACGACUCUUUUUCGUCGUUCAGUGGAGUCUUCUGAAUUUAUAGUGCACGGUUUCCAUCAAUGGUGUUCUUGACAAAUAUAAUUUAGGCUAAGUUGCUUGCGAUGUUAUUAUUAUUAUUUAAUAUUUUAUUUUCUUACCCACCUCCAUUGCUUUUAAUCGUAUUUGAUAAUAUUGCAGAUUUUAUUUAUGUGCCCUUGCAUGACUUUCGAACAACAUUGCCAGAUCUGAUUAUAGCGAUAAUGUAAAUAGCACCAUAUUUUUUUAGCAUGUGAACCAGUAAUAUUUGAAUGAGAAUUUAAAUCUUCUAAUUUUUUAUAGUUACCAAAAAUUGCUACAGAGCUUUUACUUGAACUAUAGAGGUUUGAAUCCACGACAACUACACGCACUGCGUCUGAUCAAUCCGAUCAAUAUCUAUGACUGAAAAAUCACUCACAUGAAAGUCACUUUAUUUAAAGAUGAUUUCCACUCCGUUCUGCGCAUCAGUUCUGCUUAUAACAAAGGGGGACCCCCCAGAUAUAAACAUUGCCCAAAUUUGGCAUCUUUCGAACUUCUUUGAAUUGAAACGUAGAGUUUGUAUUCAUUUACAAGCAUAGCGAACCAGGAAAGUGUUAGAUAUUCAGUUAGUAUAUCAUAUUUUACAAAUAUAGCAGUUCAAAACGUAACAAAGUUUGCGCGUGCGCACAUGCAGGAGCCGACAUCAUCUUUAAAUUAUAACACCGUGAAAUUUAGACAUAUGAUAUAAAUCAUUUUCAGCGAAUUUCCGCUGAGCGCGUAUCUCGUUCCAGCCAGCCAAGGUUAAGUUUGUUUACAAAAUCGUUUGUAGCUAAAUCGACAAAUCAUGUGCCAAAUUAUGACUGUGAUCUGUCACAUGACUGCGCUGAGUAAAUUCUGUUUCUUAAGAUGCCCCACAUUUAGCGAUAAAUAUUGUCUCAACGCAAAGUAUUUCUGUAUCGGAAGUUGUUUGAGGAAAACAUGCCUUCUUAUAUCAUGAAAUAUAAUCGGAUAAAAUAUUAUUUUGAGACAUGUUUCUCUUACUCAAUACUCAACCUCAGAUUAAACAUUUUUGGGCGAGCAAAGGUCAUUUUUUGAGAUACUCAAGUUUCUACGUAAUCGCUAAUUUAUUUCAUGCAUUUAAGUAAUUCAAAAUAGUUUCCAAAGCAAAGACAACGUUUUUUUGACGAAAUGUCUAGCCCAGUGGGGUACUUAAUAAAACGUUCUUUAAUCUUUACUUAUAGUCUGAUGUUAAAUUAAUUUUUCAAUUAGUUCAUAUUGCACUGGUGAGAUUUAUUAAUAUGGUGAAACGAAGUUUGGCAACGCUUUAUAUUCGCUGCGUGACUUUGUUCUGAAGUCUGUUCAGUUUGGUCGGAAACAUAAGCCUUGAUAUUUAUUCAGGAAUAGUAUGUCUUCACGUUGGUAGUGUACAUGUUUUGCGCAUGCACCAGAGCACCGCACUGUAGUAUUAAUAUUAUUCAAAUUUAAAAGCGGCAGCCCUUCAGCAAAUAAGAACGCUGUUUUCUAAGGGGCCAUUAGAAACAAUUUUUACGUCUAAAUCGAUACUACCAAUAAAAUAAUACACAAUUCUUAUCUGUUUUUACAUGUUAGUACGCGUACAAAACAUUAAUUGAGAAUUUAACAGCGAUCUGUCUGGAAGCAGGGCUUUAAUAUUGGUGCUAUUACACCACCACAUUUAAGUUCAGUGGAUAUUUCGCUCCAGAUUUUUACACCCAAAUAAACUGAUGCUCUUUUAAUUAAGGAGUAAAUACCAACCUAAAAUGAUCGUCUUUUGUGAUUGGCUUCAUAAAACAAUAGGGAUCAGUGUUAUGACUCGUCCUUUAGUUUAGAAAGAUGAUUUCUAUAGUCUUUUAUUCUUUCGCAAAUCCCGUUAAUAUAUAGGUUGGGGCCUGGGGGCGACCCUUUUUAAUUAAGAAAAUUAGUUCUAGGCUAAUUUUCCAGAACAUAAUGACUAUUAUUAUUGCACAAAUUAUAAUUUUGAUUAUUUUUUACUUUAAUUAACCUCUUUUUCGACCACCCCCUCUCGCAUCAUAUUACGACACAAUUUUUCUAAUAUAAAUAUCUCGGCGAGUAUUUACCCCCCUUAUAAAUAAAUACCACCAUUGUAAUCCUCACAAAAUAACCUUUCAAACGGGGGGUCAAGUGCCGUCUGAACAUUACACAAACCGAAACAAUCAUAUAUUUACUCACCGCUUGGCCAAAGAUUCUAAAUUUCAUAUACACAAGAUCUUGAAUAUCUCUUUGAACAUUUCGUCAUUUGCUGAACGGCUAUAUGUGGAAAAUACUCUUUGUAUUCAAGCGCUUUUGUGUAGAAAGUUUCGUAUGUAUACGCCGACUAGAAAUAUUUAUUUUGAAUUUUUCAAGAUAUCGGGUUUUACUCGCACUUGCGAACAUUGCGCAAUAAUUGGCCAAUAAGAAGCUCCUGUUGGCUGGUAUGACGUCAAACUCACGCGUAUAGGUGCAAUUUGACCUUGCGAAUCCAUUUCUGGCCUUUGCAGGGUCAUACAAUACAAGCUUCGCAUUGUUUUGACGAUUUUCAGUUGUAUUUCCGGUUGGGAUUAACUCACUUCGAGCUCACAGUCGGGCAAGAAAUAAAAAUAUAUUGAUAAAAGAUACAGAUUUGAAGAUACAGGCUUGCAAAUAACACUCUAAGUAGUGUUUUUAAUGGCGAUUUUAACAAGACUAUUACAAAGACGAUAUGUUCGAAGGGGCCGAAGUUAUUUUCGGCAAAAGGUAUGGCUAGUCUAUAUUUUUGUUCAGACAAUUGCGUAAUUUGAUACAAUAUGAUCGUGUUUGACUUCAAAGGCCCAUAAAUCGCUACAAUGUUGAUAAUGACUAUAACUAUAGGGAGGAAUUAGUUGAAUCUUUUCUUUCUGAAUCGAAUGGUGGUAUUUCUGUCUUCAUAGCAUGCACUGAACCGAAGAUAUUAAAUAUUUUGCAAUCGAUCAGUGCUGAUCGACGCAACUGGGACGUGGUGGAAAAGAGUACAUAUUUGUGAUCUGGUUAAUAUCGGCAAACUUCGUGAUCGCAUGAAUAGAAGCGAUUUAUCGCAAUUAGCAAGAGCAAACACAGUGUGCACACAAAUACUUUAACCGCAUGUAACGGUAAAUUAUUCCAACGACCUUGAAUGAAUUUUGAACAAAGAAUGUCCACAUUCCAAUAAUUUAGCGUAUAUAGAGCUUAUAGCAAUGUGUUGAAUUAUAGCUUCCAGCCUCUCAAUAGUAACUUAACUCCCGUUAAAUUAUGACAUGUAGUCAUGCAUGAUACAUAGACAACUGCUUCGAUUAAUUGGUAUAGGGAUUGCCCUUUCAAACUUCAACGUCAAAAGUCUGAUGCAAUAGUAUGAAUAAGAGAAUGUUUAAUGUUUUAUGAGUAAUCAUGGACGAGUGAUGAUAUAGUGAUGUAAAGUUAUUUGAAAUAGUAGUAUAGGUAAUCAUGUACGAGUGAUGAUAUAGUGAUGUUUGAAAGUUUGCUAUUCAAAAUCACACGAGCCGCCGUCGAUCAAUAUCACAUGAUUAAUUGGCAUGGCCGGGUUCGGAUUAAUUGGCAUGGGUUUUCCCUUUCGAAGUCAAAAUUCUGAUGCAGUAAUAUGAAUAAAGGGAAGGUGCAAUUAAUGUUUCACUGUAAAUACGAAGCUGCUACGAGGUUUUGUUCGGAUUUUGAGGUCCAGUUUUGCGGCUUUGAUGUUCACUCGUUCAAAGGGACGUUAUUUCAACUGGUAGUAUAUGAGUAAUCAUGGACGAUUAUGAAAUUUAUGGGCCGAGUAUAGAUCAAUAGAUCUCAAAAAGUAUUUUCUAAUCCGUCGUAUGUUUUAAAAUAUAUUUUGAGAAUACUUGCUUCUUUUAUCUGAUUCAUGUUGGAAAUUUACCAAACAAGGUAUUUUUAUCGCUAUUUGUCGAUUUUGCACGGGUAGAUAAAAAUAAUAACAAUUGAAAGCCCGCGAUACCAUGGCGAGAUACUAAAUCGUUCAAUAUGAAUUUGAUUGUGCGUGUGUUGUAACGCUUUAAAUUUUGUCUCCAAUUUCUUGGCAAAAAAGUGAACAAACUUAUAUAGUUUUGACAGUUAUUCAAAAUUGAUCAGAAAGUGUGAAUCAAAAGAGUAGGCCGGAACGAAACGAAGUGCAAAAGCAGUAAACAAGACACAAAAGGCAAAGGAAUUUCCACCGCUGUUUUCGAGUCUGAAUUUGAAAGAACCAGAGAAACGUUCUAAAAGCAACAGGAAUGCAACAAGAAAACUAGAAAAAGCUACAAAAACUAAACAAAUCCUAUUAAAAAAACUAAGAAAGUACCUAAAAAAUGCUUCAGAUAAAAACUGCCUGGAUAUUUUCGACCAACGAUUAAAUUGCUUUCAGCAAAUGAAAUGUUAAUUCUAUAACACCAUAUUGUUAAUUCUAUAACACCAUAAAAAGCGACUUGUUUAGUUGUUUUCUAUUUCUGUUACGUGAAAACAUUAAUUCUGCAUACUCACUGCAUUCAUUUCAGAAUAUUGUUAUUGUAUUUGAUAUUAAAAAGCAUCUGAAUUUGUGAAAACACAAGAAAAAAUUCACAUCUAUGUUGAAAUGCCAUUUUGAAUAUUAUAGUUCAAAUUUGUUCCCAACCUCCAUGCCACUCCCGAUUUAGUAAUUGGUAUUGUUGUACAAUUACUAUAAUAAUUGUACGCCUUUUCACCAAUCAAAUUGCAGUAAUUUUGUCCUGCUUACAAUAGAGUACAUGUAAUUAUAUCUCUUGUGUUGUAAAUGUUGCUGUUGUCAGAAAUUGUAUUUCAGAACCAUCCUCAGAGAUACGAAAAACUAGUUUCAUAUUAAUCUGACACUGCAAUCGAGCAACGAAAAAUUCGUUGGCUCGAGCCUUCGGGUAUCUAGACCGCCGCUCUACCUAUUGAGCUAUCGAGUCAAUGGGGAUUGGUAGCGAGUCUUAUCCAAUUUAAGUGCACGAAAUAUGGUUCUGACUGAAUAGAAUUGAAACACUGCGCGUCCUCUAAGACAAGCGUUAAGUCGUCACGAAAAUAUUUCGUGCACUUAAAUUGGAUAAAACUCGCUACCAAUCCCUGUUGACUCGAUAGCUCAAUAGGUAGAGCGGCGGUGUAGAUACCCGAAGAUGCGAGUUCAAAUCCCGCUCGAGCCAACAAAUUUUUCGUUGCUCGAUUGCAGUGUCAGAUUAAUAUGAAACUAGUUUUUCAGAAAUUGUGGUAUAGCACAUUUGGCGGUUUCGAAAUAUGGUUGGCUAGGUGGUCCCAACGGGUUAUACACAGCUAGUUGUUGUACACGCAAGGAUCUUUCCCUUUCCACUUUCUCCAAUAAUAUUCUACCCUCAGUUGUAAAUGAAAUGUUGUUAUACGCAAUUACGCGGGUUUGUUUUUCGCAAGUUUUUGUCAGUACGUCUGCGAUGUUUAAGACGCGCAGUUCGUCAGCGUUAUUGCGCGAUGACGACAAAAGGUUUCAAUCGGUUUUAUUUCAAAUGCUUUCUUGUCCGUGUUUUAAUUAAAAAAGAUUAGAGGACAGAUUGUUACAUUGUUGAACAACUAAAGUCUAAAAACUGUGCUGAACAUUGUACAUACCAAGCAUGAUCAGAGGAAAAACAUUACGUAGUUGUCGCUAAUUAAACUUGGAAGAUUUAGAAUACACGACGCGACGUCUAAGACGACGACGUGAAAAUAGCGUGGCAAGACGAUUUUUGGCUGAUUGAAAACAAUACAGGAAUGAUCAGGAGACACGAAAACACAAAUUUGCUUUGAAAAAGACAAACAUGAAGUCCCAUAUCAAAACCAGAAGUACAAACGCGAGGUGCAUACGUUAUUUUCAUGUUGUCUUAAAAAUGUCAUUGCGUCGUGUUUUCUACUGAUCGUAGAUUGACAUGACAAUCCGCAAUGUUUGUAGAGCUGAAAUAUCUUCAGACUAUAAUAAACUGUAAUAAAUUUUUGUUUUAGAAAUUUAAUUCCACAAAAUUUGGUAGAGGCAGCAUUGAAAUCUGUAAGUAUAGCCAUGCAACAUCUCAUUGACCCUUAGAAGUGCUUACGUCACACAAUUCUCAAUCCAUCAAAGCAUUAGGUACACGUAAUGCAAUGUGGGAUAAAUGGGGGUAAGAAAUUCAUUGUUUGACGGUGAUGUGACGUAAAGACUUCUAAGUACUAGUUAAAACAUAAGCAGCCGAUCAUCAUUGAUAUACAAACUCGAGCCGAAGGGGAAGUUUAUAUAUCAUAUAAAGAUCGGAUGCGAAUGCUGUAACGUACUUUUAUCCUUAAAUUAACAAGACCUCUGAUAAAUAUCAAAAUUACAAAGAUUUACUACAACAAAAAAAUACCAUUAUGAGUUAUUGCGAUUCCCAAUAGUCUGUGCAUGUUUAUUCACUUUAGACCCAGACGACCUACGCUAGUAAAUCAAUCAACUAUCUUCGAAAAAAUACAACCAUUCCCCAACCGGCUGAAGGUGUGGCCAAACUCCUUAAAGAUAACAUGGUUGUGCCAUGGAGUGAAAUCAAUGGUACACAAGUGGUGAUGAUCACGAAUGAUAAGGAUUACACAUUUUCUGGCACAAUUGAGAAGGAUGGUACGAAUUUUAUGGGUCUUAUCGUGUUCUCAAUUCUGCUUGGUGUGGUUCUAAGAAAGUUGGGCGAAGAUGGCCGUCCGUUGUUGGACUUCUGCAGAUCUUGGAUGCAUGUUGUUAUGAUGUUGGUGUCUUGGAUUAUGUGGUAAGGCUAUGUCUUGUGUGCAUAAAUGAUUCUCUUGGUAUUGACAUAUUAUUGAAGCCACACUAUAUCGCUUUUAACGCCUCCCAUUCUUAUAAUGUUCAUAUGCUCUGCUCAAUAUAGGUGCGGCACCUUCAUUAAUUCUACUUUCCAUUCAACUGUAUCGUAACGUACCAUGGCAUUUUCUUUGGGGUCGAAUAUGGGGUUCAAUACAGUUCAAGUGGAAAACCACGGUUUCAGUAGUCUGGUUUCCUUUUAAAAGGCUGAAGCGUAUUGUAUCGGUAAAAGGGCCUUCGUCUGGACCCAUGCUAAACCUGAUUAUUUUUUGAAAAUACAGUGGUAUUUGGAAAACUGCCGAAAGCCUCACUAUCAUAAAGCACAUUUGAAUAGUUUAAUAUAAUCAAGUUUUGGUCAAUUCAGACCUCCUCCGCAUAUAUAGCCACCAGGUCUGCAUGUAUAUAGCUACCUUAAGUAUAUUUAUAUGAAGUUUCCUGAGUUUCCAUGUGUUUUUUCGUUUAAUAUAUAGGGUGUCUCCACUUGGUAUCUUAAGUCUAAUCGCUGGAAGUUUGGCUGAAGUUGAAGAUAUCUUGAAGACAUUCAGAGAUGUUGGCUUGUUCGUUGCAGUUAACUUUGUUGGUUGUUUUAUCCAAGCAUUUAUCGUAUAUCCUUCAUUGUACUUUUUCAUUGUGAGAAAGAAUCCAUUUGCUUAUUUGUCUGGUAUAGUUCCUGCUAUGAUCACUGCAUUUGGAACAUCAUCAAGGUACAUGACAGUUUAUAAUAUUAUUUAUAUAUAGGAAUUCUUACAAGUACAAUUAGAUACUACGGUUUCUUCAAUUCUUUUCUUUAACCUAUAAGGAUAUUGCAUGGCACAAGAAUUUAAAUUGAUGCAUAUAGUUAAGCCGAGAGCACCUAAAGGGAAGUCUAGCUAGAUCCCAUUUCCUCGCUCAAAUUUUCUCGAAUCCUAUUUCUCAGUAAUCUUUUGAACCAACCCUAGUCCGGCCAACAGGAAUUGAAAAAAAAUUCCAGAGCAGCUAGUUCAAUCUAUAGUUUUUCCAGAUAAAAGGCUUUCCAAAGUAUAUAAACCUGUUAUUUUCUGCAAUUAAACAUACUUACGAGCAUACAAUUUAGCUUUUCUUAAAAUCAUUUCACUAACUCAAAUCCUAUUCUCCCACCUCUUCAAUUAAGACCCUCCUAAAACAAGAAACAGUCGGGGUGCGAUAAUUCAGGAUUGUCAGCCGUAUUGCACUGGUUCUCCAGUAUUAUUGCCACGUAAUUAUGUAAACUGGUACAAAUUUAUGUAAGACUCAUGAAAGGUGUACUUAGUACACCACAGUACAGACUAGUUUUCGAAUGGCAUUCCGUCAGGAACCUAAAAAUACGAGCUAGAACAAUUAUAAAGGAGCUACUUUAUUUGAAUAUAUCUACUUUAUUUGGGAAGCUAGUUAACUGGCUACAUGGUACCAGCAAAAUGUAAGACAGCGAGAGUCCUGCGUAGCUACUUAGUACUUUGCUGUAAACAAAUUAGUACCAGACCGUACUGCCGUACAUGCGGUACGUAAGGUCGCGAAUUAUCGCACCCUGGCUAUGAUCCGUGGGCUCAUUAUCCUCCUAGUUGUUGACGUGUUAUCGAUGUCGAUCUGUUUCCGUAUUGGAUAUAUCUGAGUUUGUUUGAUAUGUUAAUAAACUAAAUGCUCAGCUGUCAUGAGGCUGCAUGCAGUAUAACAAUUUUGAAAUGUCGAGGGCGAUGUUGAACUUAACCAAAAUAAGCUUUCAGAUGAAAUAGCCAAAUACAUAAUUUACAGCAAAUUCAAUCAUGCAUAUAGAUAAAUUGUUAUUUAUUAAUUCAGUUCCUAUACGGAAGCAGAUAUUUUUUUUUUAUUAUUAUCCCAGCAGUUUCUCAAAAAGGAUAUGAAAUUUGAGGUGCUUUCAUAAAAGUUAAACCAAUUUUGCUGCUCUUUAUUCAUUUGUUGCGAAUUAAUGAAAUUAUAAUGAAUAAUUUCAAUUUGUAUUUCUUUCCUGUAGCUCAGCCACUCUUCCAGUCACUAUUCGUUGUGUCACCGAGAACAAUAAGGUCGAUCGUAGAGUGGCUCAGUUUUGCUUACCAAUCGGUGCCACUUGUAAUAUGGAUGGUAGUGCCUUGUACUUUGCCGUCGUCGUUAUAUUUUUGGCAAACCUCGAGAAUAUGUCCCUCACAUUUGGAGAGGUCAUUUUGACUGCGUAAGGUCUUUUGUUGUUUUGUCAACUUUUCUCGUUUUGAGGCGAAUGGCAACAAAAAUUAGUUUGCUAUAUCAGUAUACAUUUUUUACAUCUUUUCAUACAUUACUGCGUAAUUUAAUUCGCAUAAGUGGCUUAAGGAAGGGGAAUUAUCUAGGAGAUUUUAUUUUUCCAUGCCAGAAUUUUCAAACCCAACUUUUUCAUAUAUCAGCUACUCCAUAUAGACAAACUGAACUUCACCAAGUAAUGUAAUGGAACAUCUAUUCAACCAAUCAAACAGAAAAUUUAUAGAACAAUAACUUAAGGAUCCCCAAUUAAAAAAUAAACCUUUUACAAUUAUAGCAGUACAAAAAUAAGCUAAUAUGCACGUACAUACGCAUGUACAAUUAAUUUAUAUAAAUUAAAGCAUUAAAGUACUAAUUUAAUCAGUAAGUGUGAAAUACGAUUGGAAAGAAUCAAUCAAUCUAUACUAAGAAAGUUGGAAUAUAUAUUGCAUAAAAAUAAUGUAAAGGCACAGGGCACAUGCAUCUACGCAAAGAAUUGCACGCAUAUAAUAUAUAAAGCCAAAUAAUUCGCCAGAAAGUAACCCAUUAAUCUUAGACAACAGUUUUCCUGCUUAGUACAGUAUAUGUUCUCUCUAUAUUGCAGUUUGGUAGCAAUAUUUGUGUCAGCUGGUGCCUCAGGGAUACCAAGUGCCGGAUUAUCCUAUACCAUUUUGUGUCUUGAAGCUGUUGGAGUUCCAACAAGAUUCAUUGGCCUUAUCUUUGCUGUUGAUUGGAUUGUGUAAGUUGAUGCAUGUGUAUUACGUACAUUUCAAACACUCAUUAAUAAUUCAUAAGCUUAUUGGCAAAUCAUGUCAACUAUAAUAUGUCACGUGCAGUGGCUUUAAACCUGAUAAAACACUCCUAAUUAGUAUUCUUUAUAUAAAGAAUACUAAUAAGCCAGUGUGUAUUGUAGUCGUGUCCUCAUUAGUAUUUUUUAUAUAAAGAAUACUAAUAAGGCAGUAUAUCUAUUGAAUUUGAAGUCGUGUUUGAAGCCGUUCAAUAAACUCGCAGGUCGUGUUUUAUUAGGUCUAAAGCCACUCGCGCUGCGCGCUCGUGGCUUUAAACCUAAUAAAACACUCCUGCUCGUUUAUUAAACAGUACGUAGUCAGUCAUUGCGCGUCUGGUUGAUCAUUUAAUUACCAUGCAAUUAAUGAGCAAAAAGUCUCUUCGUCAUAUUUUUUGUAAUAAUGCUAUCUGUACCUUCAAUCCCCUAUUUAGCCUUCCCCUCUCCAAUAACCAAAGUCACCCAUAAAAUACGUCGCCGCGCCCUUUUGCACGAAAAAGUUUGUUUGGCCACAUCUCCAUAUUGUGUCGCUAAGGAAGUGUCCCUCCCCAUGCCAAGACCCAAUAUAUUUUCUGGCAUUACUACGUAAGCUAAAUUUAAUACACAAUAGCCGGUUCCCCUUAUUGCGUAUUCUGAAUACAACUACCAGCAUGCUUUUCGUACGUGUUAUUACAUAAUGAAGAAAAUACCCGCAAAGUAUCAUGGAAGUUGUAUUCAGAAUACGUAAUAAGGGGGACCCGCUAUUCAGCUUUUAUAGUAAUUAGUAAUUAGUAACUAACAUAAUUAAAUUUAUCAUGUCAAUCCAUAAUUAUUUGGAUGACCAAAAUAACCAAAUGAGGUUAAAAGUAAAUUAAUUCUUUUAAAAUAGAUUUUUAAAGAAACUUUCCACUUAUUCUUAACCCUGAAUAAAACUGACGAUUUGCGCUUCCUAACAUCAAGAUUUCGUUUAAUGUAAAAAAUAAUGAUGAGGGAGAAUCAUGGGCAGGGAUAGAAAAUGCCAUCAAUUUGCUGUUCUGGCAGCAAAUUCAGGAAAGUUUUUAUUAGGUCUCUUGUCCAAAAUCCCCUCUCGUCUUCAAACGUGUCUGGAAUAAAUAAACUCGCAGGGGUGUUAGUAGAGGAUAAACGAAAGAAUUUUUUUAAAUUCUGACUGGGUAGAACUAAAAGUUGAUACUAGUUAAAGAUGCACUGUAAUGCGAUUCAGUGUGCAUGUGAUAUAAUUUAGUCAUGUUAUGUUGUGUUGUGUUGUGUUGUGUCGUGUUGUGUUGUGAUAGAAAAUAUCUCUUAAAUCCUUUCCCCAUGACUUGACGUGCAAUUUGAUAGUAUUUGAAGAACUCACUCGAAAUUACCAUACAAUGGCUACAAUAAGUUAUUAUCAAAAAGACUAUUAUCCUGUCCGGAAACGGUAAAGAUUUCGAAAAGUGUUUAUUCUACGUUUCGAUCACAUUUUAGUCAUCAUCAUUCCAUAUAAUAUUAUACACUAAACUUCUUAUAUUUUCGUUGGUAUUAUUAUUUUAUACAAACUUUCAAAUAAUAUCAUGAUUAUUUCCACAGUGACCGAAUACAAACUGUCAACAACGUCAUGGGAGAUGCUUAUGGUGCAGGAAUGAUAAACCACAUGUCCACUGAUCUGGAUGAACUUCUAGACGACGACGGAAACGAGAGCAUAAAAAAUGGCAACGCAAACGGCAGUAAUUUUCACGCUGGAGAGAAUGGUAUUACAAAUACCACCACUUUUUAACUGAUCUCAAUUUUCCGCCUUGUUUUGAUUAAAGAAUGAGUUAAGGGACCGUUCAUUACCUAUACCUGGGGUUAGCAUUACAUAAACCGAAGAGAGAUCGAAAGCAGUUUUAUAUUUUAUUUGCAUACAGCUAUUUCAAUUAAGGUUGUUUCCGAGCAAAGCGGAAAAGUCGAAUACGUGCGAGAAAGGCUUGCUGGGAAUCGCUAAAAAAUUAAUGAAUUUUUCGUGAAUCCCAGCAAGCCUUUCGCGCUCGUAUUCGACUUUUCCGUUUUGCUCGGCGACAACCUUAAUUGAAAUAGCCGUAUAUUCGGUAGGUGGAUAGUGCUUGUCGCACAAUUUGAUUGGUUGUAUUGGCAGCUCCGCGGAUGUCCUUGCAUUGUUCACCUCCGGACAAAAACAAAAUUGGUCUUCCUGUUCUGGUUACAACCGAGCAAUUUUUUACUAAAGUAAACGAGGUUGCGGUUCCGCCAAACACAAAGAAAGCUGCAAAGUUUGGUUUAACAGUGCGUAGAGGUAUUCUCUUCAAAACUAUUUCUAAUGAAUGAAAUUAUACCAAAAGAUUGUUCACAAGCUGAAUACAAAUUGGUCAUUUUUGUUUUUUAAUGGUAUGUAGCUUGCUGUAUGCUAAACGAUUCAAAUUAUUGUUCUUAGUUUGUCUAACUUGUAAACAUUGUUCAACUAACUACAACGGUAUUCUAUAGUAAUGAACAACAAAGCUACUGAUUGUUUUUGAACGAAGUCAGAAUAUAUCACUACAAAACAGUAAUACAAAAAGUUGUCUGUAGUUUGAUGAAGACCAUGCAGUUUAUUUUAGUAAAUGAACACAUUUAUUAUAUCCUGGUGUAAAUAUGCAUGGUUGAUAAUUUAUCAUCAAAAACUUCGGCAUUUGUUAUGAAAAAGCAAUGCUUAACUGUGACGAUAAAACGAUAAUUCUUCGGUGCAAUUAACUACAGGUAUGGCUAAUGAACGGUUCUUAUACGAAUGGUGUUCUGUACGUUACCAAUGAUAAAAUAUAGGCACUGGAAUUGUUCAUGAUAUACAGAGUGUCCCAGGAAAAUGGCCUCUGCUAUGUUCUGUAGUAUUACAACGUUAAUUAGCAUUGAUAAAAGUUUCAGGUUUUUAUACUCGACAAAACAGCUAUCACAUCUUUAACCCAUCAAUACUUGACUGAUUAAAUAUUAAAAAAAUCAACUCGAAGCACUUAAAGUAGUGACACCAAUAUUCUACCGUGUCCAAAUAUUAAUGUAAUUAGGUAAAAUAAGAGCUAAAAAAUGUUUCAUAAAUGAAAUAAAAGAAUUCAAAUUAAUUGGUUUGGACAAUUGAAAUUUAACAUUUGAUGUACUAUUUAAAACACGAGUAGGAGUGUUUUAUCAGAUAUAAAACGCGAGGCGCAGCCGAGCGUUUUAUGUCUGAUUAAACACGACAACGAGUGUUUUGAAUAGCUUAAAAUACGACUACAAAAGAAUAUUAAUUAGGAUGAACUAUUAUAUAUAAUCAUACUAAUUAGGAUGAACAAUUAUAUAAUGCUACAUGCUUUAUCAGAUAUAAAGUCACUCCACGUGACAUAUUAUGGCUGACAUGAUUUGCCACAAGGUUUAUGAAUUAUUAAUGAGUAUUUUAAAUAUAGUUAAGCCCUGAUCAAACGAGAACGCUAGACAUCGCAAGUAAACUUGUUCUAACUUGCCCUGAAUUGCGAUGGGACCGAUCAAACGAUACGCAAGUUAUCGCAACAAUUUGCAAUAUUUGGCCCGUGUGCGGGUAAUUUUGUGAUUUUGCGAAGUUGCAAAAAUGUAAACAAUACAUGGCCGUCAUUUAAACCCAUUUAAAACGAAUGUAAAAACUUUCGAAAAUGCUAUGUAAAAUGAAGCGAAAAGCUGCCACGUCAUUGUGUUAUUUUCUCUACUUGAAGACGAAACGUCUCAGGCUUAGAAACGUGGAAAAACAAGAGAAUGGUUUAAGUGAAGACCAGGAAAAGGUCAUUUUUAUAACAUCGUGAGAGAGCAGGGGACUAGAGACUAUGAUUUCCGUUUGUUUCCAUGGAAACUGAUCUCAAAAAACUUACUUGAACUUGCACUUCUUGAUCAAACGUAUCGCAUCUGCUCGCAAGUUUAAAAAGCUUGCGAUGACGUUUGAACCAGCUGAAAUCAUAUGCAAGUCAUCGGAAGUUAACGCAAGUCAACACAAGUUGGUGGUCAAACGAGGCAGCAAGUGCAAGUUAAAACUUGCGAUGACUUGCGUUCUCGUUUGAUCAGGGCUUUACAUCCACUAAAUUAAAUAUAGAUACUGUUCGCGUGCAUUACAUCAAACAAAAUCUUGAUAUUAGGGACAACAAUCCACUAGUUUCAGUCUCAUUCUAUUAACCGGUGGUUUCAGAUUAUAUAUCAUAUUUUAAAAAUAUUAUUUAUUGUUCCAACACUCAUUAAUAAUUAAUAAGCUUGUCAACCAUAAUAUGUCACGUACAGUGGCUUUAAUGAAACCUGAUAAACACUCCUAAUUAGUAUUCUUUAUAUAAAGAAUACUAAUAAGGCAGUAUCUAUUGUCGUGUCCACAUUAGUAUUCUUUAUAUAAAGAAUACUAAUAAGGCAGUAUAUCUAUUGAAUUUGUAGUCGUGUUUAAACCUAAUAAAACACUCCUGCUCGUUUAUUAAACAGUACAUAAAAGUCUGAAUUAAACAUUUAUAAAAGCUAAAUGUUGUAAUCUACCACAAAACAUUAAUUGUUAUGGGCAUUUUUGGGACACCCUGUAUAAUCAUGAUCAUCGUAUAUCAUUUUGAAGCAAGCUUUCGACAAACCACUUGGAGUGACCGAUCUAUUACCACGUGCCAAAAAAUUGACCAAAAUUCCCUAUUUUUAGUAUGACCAAGAGAGUGAAAUAUGUUUCAAAUCUUUGGAAAUGCUUUUCAUCCGAAAAUACUGAGUAAAUCGUUUGAAUUGAGUACUCGGUCAUCAUUCUACAGUUGUAUGGCUGUAUACUUAUUGUUCAAAUCAUUUGGUAACUAAGGUUAAAAUCCUGGCAUAUUUGAAUGAAGUUCCAGUAAUAUCGAGGUUCAGAUUUGACUUCCACUACCGCUAUACCAUUAAGGGACCAUCAACCAAUCAGAUGCGUUCGAUCUAUUUGAUUAACCAAUCAGAUGCGUACUAAGCCAGUUAGAGGUAGUGGAACUCAUCUGAACCUCUAUAAUAAUGAAGCCAAACCAUAACUCAACAAUUGCACCCCAUAUAUAUAAAUAUGUGUCGGAUGGGUCGUGCUUAUCUUUCUAGUUGAAAAUUGCUUCAAAUAAGCACCUCAUUUUUUUAAACUAAACCAAGCGGAUUUAUAUUUAAGCCGUGUUUCGAACAGACUCGUACCCAGUCCGUGAAUGAGAUUUGACCAAAAUAUGAAUGACGACUGGUGGACUGGGCACGACUCAAUGUUUGAGAGACGUCAAAUGUGACCAGCUUGAAUUCUAGUGGUAGACAACGUUCUAUACCGUAUAUUUAACCCUAACUUAAAUAAAGUAGAUUGCCGUAGGACAGCACUACAAUAAUUAUCAUGUAUACAAAGUGUUCCAAAAAAUCCUCCAUCAUAUUUCGAGGUCGUUUGCUUUAUUGAUCGAACUGAUGGACAUUUAGUGAUGCAAACAUUUUGCUAGUUUUCUGGAGUGACUGAAAGUACGAAAUGCACAAAUAUACCAACUUGUCAAAAUAGGCAGAUGCGAGAAUGUUGCCAAGAAAGGUACAAGCCAACUUUUGCUACAAAUUACAUUUUGGCUACAGAGCCAUGUCAUUUGGAAAGUAGUCACAAAGAAAUGUGAGCAUGGCCCGCAUUUUCAGUCUGCGGAUAUUUCUUCGAAAUAUUAUAAAAUAAUGUGGGUAGAAUAAACAUGCAUCGCGACUAUAUAUAAGAGCAUGGCUCUACAGUAUACGUCACAAAUUGCGUUGCAAAUUGCAGCAAAAAUUUCCUCGUGCAACACAGCUUUAUUAACAACCUCGUACCCAGGAUAUUUGCUCUGGGGGAGCGAAAUACCCUGGUAUGGCCUGGUCACGUGACCCGCGGAUUUUGCGUAAAAUGGCGUAUUGUUUACCAGGGUCCGGGGAGUGAGUAUACAUUGUCACUCCUACUAAUUAAAAUUUAAAAGCGUGAUAUAAUUACUAGGAGUGACAAUGUAUACUCACUCCCCCGACCCUAGUAAACAAUACGCCAUUUUACGCAAAAUCCGCGGGUCACGUGACCAGGCCAUACCAGGAUCUUUCGCUCCUCAAGAACAAAUACCCUUGGUACGAGGUAGCUUUAUUAAAAGUCAUCCAAUAAUCUUGGUCAACUUGCCUCACACCAUGAUUUUUGUUCUGAUUCUUUCGUCUUUUCUGUUGUGGAACAGUACAUUUGUGGCAUUUUCUCUGCGUGCCUGGCCUUCAAAAAACGAAAUCCUGCUACUAAUUCUUGACGAAGGGCCUUCGCUCGAAAUGUCGAGUUUCUGCUUAUUGAUUAAGGUAGUAAUAUAACCACUCAGCACAGCAUUUUCACAUUGGUACUAUCAACACUGGUACAGACAGUUUUAGUAUACAGAACAGUGCUUCCCAAAAAUAUUAGACAAGUCGGAAUAUAAAUGCAUGCAGGAAGCAAAAUUUGGUUAUUUUGAUUACGUAUUAAAUAAUCAUUAUUUUAGAAUCUGUUUCUUAUAUACUGUGAAAGCCAAAAGGGGGAUUUUUUGGACCUUUCCGUAUGCGUAUGUUAACUAGUGUCAUGCACGUGUGUUAUGUAUAUAGACUGAUAUAGAUUGUGUGAAUAUAGCUUAAUUGACGAAGUCAACAUAAUUUUAAUAUUUGUAUGUAAUGGAAAUGAACUAAAUAAUGCUUAUUAAAACGACGUUGUAUACAAGACUCACAGAAAGAUUCUAUACUCAAUAUAUGCAAUACGACUGUGACUAUAUAGAGCAUUUGCAACUAUACACAAUAUCUCUCGCAUUGAAAGGGCUAAUGACACAUAGCAGAAUCAGAAUGAUUAUCCUUGAAACGUAGUGUGUAGGUCGACAAAAAAUUUAUCGCAAAAUUCAAUGUUACGUUUACAUAUUUCUGG